AACGGUAAAUUUUAAAAGCCGAGCUUUUAGCCUCUGUCCCUCAUACAUUUGGAUCUCAGUCUGGCGACAACACUCCGAACCGCUGCCGCUGCCGCCGGACCGAGCUUUUUGAGAGGAAAGUCGCUUUAUACUUUUUUAAUAUAAAUAAUCUUCGCACCGGGGAAGUGGCUUUUUUUUCCACGUUCAUGACAGCAACAUAUCCUGAUCGGCUUCGUGUUCGCCUUUUCACGUAAAACCGAUACGACAGGUCUGAUUUGGUUUUUGUCUUAAUAGAAAGGCAGUUGUCUCUACAGACAAAUCGCGUCUCUCUUAUUUUAUUUUUUUUUUGCGUUUAGUUUCUGAAUCCUAACAACAAAUUGUAUUUUUACCCCGGAGGAUUUUAUAGUAUGAUUCUUUGUGAACGAGGACCCAGGUCUCUUCUCCCUGCUGCUCCAUCUUCUCAGGCCCCGUGGGGCAUGCGGGAGGGAACAGCCGCCAUUGCCCCGUGCUUUCAGAGCAAACCCCCAAAAUGGGACCCCACCAAGGACCUGAGGGCGAUUGCCAGCAACUUCUGCUACCUAGAAAAUUCAGGUUGGUACUGGGGAGCCAUCACUGCAGCCCAGGCCCACGCCGCCCUGCAGGACACCCCAGAAGGAGCCUUCCUGGUGCGGGACAGCAGCCACCCCCUGUACAUGCUGACCCUGUCGGUCAGGACGGCGCGCGGACCCACCAGCAUCCGGAUCCAGUACAGCGGCGCCCAGUUCCUGCUGGACUCCAGCUCCGGGGCGCGGGCCAGCCUCUCGUCCUUCCCCAACGUCCCCAGCUUGGUGCAGCACUACAUGGGGGCGGAGCGGAAAGCGGAGGAGCGCAGGGCGGAGGAGCAGGCGGCGCCGGCCAAACCCUCCGAGCCGCCGGCCCAGGAGGCGUCGGUGGUGCUGAAGCUGAAGCGGGCUGUGUACAAACCUCAGAACCUCCCGACUCUGCAGCACCUGACACGCCUCGUCAUCAACAGACACAGCGCCGGCGCGGAGCAGCUGCCGCUUCCCAAGCCGCUGCUGCGUUUCCUGCAGGACUACCCCUUCAAGGUGUGAGCAGGAGCGGAGCUGAACUGACCCGAUUUACGCUGGAGGAGGAAGGGACACUGUGCAGCAGGUAGUUUGGACCUGCGGAGGCCAGUCACAGACGAUCCGAUGUGUCUGGCUUCAGACUUCAACCCUCCUGUGGAGAGCAGGAGGUCGGUACUGUAGGCUCCUCAGACAUGGACGCCGCCGCGCCUGGAUGUACAUACUGGUUAAGAAAUGACACUGAUUUCACUGAGACGUCUUUCAUGCCAUUUUAUUUUUCUCAGCAAAAGCAUUUUUGUACUUUUUACAUGUGUAAAUUUUUUUUCUAUUAAAACUGGAACUUACAAUUUC